GUGGAGCGUGUGAGGGGCGCGGGCAGGGCACGCCACCCCCAGCCACGGCGCUUUUGGGGCUUUUCCGGCUCUUUUAGGGUUUUUUUUUUUGCCGGGUUGGUUUUUUUUUUUUGGUUGUUGUUUUUAAUUUUUUCCUUCACUCCCUGGGUUGCCACCGCAGCUUGGGGACCCCUCCCCAGUCACCGGGCAUGGAGGGGGCGGUGGGAGCUUUGCCAAGGGGGGCGCAGCGCUGAGCGGAGCCGCGUCCCGGGGACCCCCCAUGAGCGGCUGAGCGGGGCCGGUGCCCCCCGCCCGUCCAUGGGCGCGCUGGAUUCGGGCACCGGAGCCCCCCGGGCCGCCGCCCCCAUGCUCAGCUUCGCCAAGGAGCCGCCGGGACCCCGGGACGGCACCGCUGCUUUUUUCGGUGAUGGAGGGGGAGCGGAACCGGGAGCCCCCCCGCUGCCUUACGGAGCCGCCGGCGGUUUCAGCGGCCGGUUCUUGGGGCCGUGCCCGCCCUACCGGGCACCGCCGCCUCCCGCUGCUCCGGUGGAGGGGUACGGCGGGGCCGAGGGAGGUUUUGGAGGCGCGGGGGGCUCGCUGUGCCCCCCGCUCUGUGCCCUGCCCGGGUACCGAGCCGCCGGGAAGGUGCAGGUGAUGCUCAACAAUUACCCGCUCUGGGCCAAGUUCCACAAGCACCAGACCGAGAUGAUCAUCACCAAACAGGGCAGGCGCAUGUUCCCCUUCCUCAGCUUCAGCCUGUCGGGGCUGAACCCCGCGGCUCACUACAGCGUGUGCGUGGACGUGGUGCUGGUGGAUCAGCACCACUGGCGCUACCAGGGCGGCAAGUGGGUGCAGUGCGGGAAGGCCGAGGGCAGCGCGCCAGGGAACCGCCUGUACCUGCACCCCGACUCGCCCAACACGGGCGCGCACUGGAUGCGGCAGGAGGUUUCCUUCGGGAAGCUGAAGCUCACCAACAACAAGGGCGCCUCCAACAACGUCGGCCAGAUGAUCGUGCUGCAGUCGCUGCACAAGUACCAGCCGCGGCUGCACGUCACCGAGGUGAAGGAGGGCGAGGGCGAGGACGGCGACCCCAGCCCGCACACGCACACCUUCGCCUUCCCCGAGACCCAGUUCAUCGCCGUCACCGCCUACCAGAACGCCGACAUCACCCAGCUGAAGAUCGACCACAACCCCUUCGCCAAAGGAUUCCGGGACAACUUUGACUCGAUGUACACGGCCUCGGAGAGCGACCGCCUGACGCCCUCCCCGCCCGAGGCCGCGGGCUGCCAGCAGCUCCUGCCCGCCCCUCGCUUCCAGCCCUUCCUCCCCGAGCAAUUCCCGCUGCCCCCGGGCCGAUAUUUUGGGGGGGACCGGGGGUCUGCGCUGCCCCUGCCCCCCAAAGAUCCGCCCCACUGGUUCUUCCCCCCUCAGCAGCCCCCCGCCCCCGGCGCGCUGGAGUUCGGGGGAUACGAGGGGGGCUACGGAGGGGGCAAAUUGAUGCCCUACGGGGUGAAACCCCUGGCGCUGCCGCCCACCCCGCACCCGCCGCUGCCCUAUUACCCCGAGGGGGGUUUUGGGGUGACGGGGGGCUGGAGCCCCGGGCAGUACGGUCCUAAAAGCGGUGCCGCGGCUCUGGGCUGGUACCGGGAGCCCCGUGAGGAGAAGGGGAAGGAGGUGGAGGGUUGGGCUAGCGAGCCCCCCGCUCUGGUGGCCACCGGGGACUCGCCGGACUCGGGGCUCUACGAGUGCAAGAGGCGGCGAGUGUCGCCGUACCCGUCCAGCACCGAGAGCUCCCCGCCGCCCCGGAACGGGGGCGACCUCUACGACAAGGAGCCGGUCACCGACGGCUACUAUGGCUUCUACGGCAACUGAGCCACGCCGGGAGGGAUGAAAAAAGGGGUCAGACCCUCCCCGGGCACCCCAAAAGUGGGUGGGAAUCCAGCCUGACAAUCAGCCCCCGGUGGAGCGGGGAGAGGGUGGGGAGGGGGUGAUUGGUGGGGAGGGUUUUUUUGGGGUUUAUUUUUUGGCGUUGGUGAUUUUUAAGGGAGGGGGGUUAAUGCUGGAGUAUUUAUUGAGCCCCCCCCGUGCUCGGUUUGGGGCGGGGGGGGGGUGCAGCAUAUCGCAAUAAAAGGGGGGGCACGGUUGUGGUU